CUUUGUUGCCACCUGCUGGACUACUGAGAACUUGUUUGGCUAAGUAGACAUGAAAAGCUUUGGUUUAUAAUGUAUUAAGUGGGCAUUUGUUGGUGUGCUCAAAUUCAAAGUAAGGGUUUGUGACAUUUAAGGGCAAAUGGAAGGAGGGUUAUAACUUCUUGGUAGGCGACUUUGCAGAGAAGGCAGAUUUUGUGGUAACUUGCAUUUUUGUAGCUAUACUCUUGAGCCUCUUGCAAAAAGUGUUAGUUGUCAUAUGUUGCAUCUGCUCUACAGGUAGGGUUUAUGUAAAAGUAUUACUGAAAUAUGUGAGAAUACAAACAUUUUACCUCACACCUGCGCCAUAUAUUGACGUCGCGAGCACUGUGCAUCAUAUAUACAGCCUACAUCAAACUUCUCGCGACAGAUUUAUUUCUACCGCGAGAGCGAGAGCAAAACUCACAGUGGAGGAGAAGAGAAAAUGGAAGGUUGUGUAGGCUUCGUCUUAUGAUAGGACACAACUGGAUAACCAGAAAGUUUGUCUUCCAUGGAGGGCUUUACGGAUAUCAAUGAGAUCCAUGACCUCACUGGCACUGAUACAGAGGAGCACAGAGGAGGUGGUAAUGCAGAGCAGCAGGUGGAGGGGGCCGAGAGGGGUGCUAGGCCGACCAUCAGCGAGUUCAAAAAGACCUGGGGCUUCAGGCGGACCACGGUUGCCAGAAGAGAGUUUGUGGGAUUGGAUGAGAUUGAAGAUCCAGAAUCUCCGCCCCUACCCACACGUCGGGGCAGAGGCCGCCCGGCCCAGAUCUAUUCAAGACGUGGGCGAGGGGGGAAAAGGAGCACUCCGGCCGACCUGGAGCACUCAGAGACUGCCUCCUCUACUCCAAUGGACACAGAGCCUGCCUCAGAGGCCAUAGAGCCCUGUGCAGAUGUCAGACUAGACCCCUUCUCUUGGCAGGACUUUGGAUCUGCAUUCGGCACGGCUUUUUCCCUACUUGGGGAGAAGAAAGAGGAGGACAGGACCACGGCUGCCCCUGCCCAAACUAUGGUUGCCCCUCCUCCUAGCUAUGCGGGUAGUGGGGACGUGGAAGCUGCCUCUAGUAUAGAGGAGGACAGUGAUGAGCUGACCCUGAAGCAGCUUCAGGAGCGGCUGAGCACUAGGGGAAGAGGGGAGGCCAGAGGUAGAGGGGUCAGAGGGAGAGGCAGGGCUAGGGGAAGGGGAAGAGGGAGAGGACGAGGGAGAGGGAGAGGUAGGGGGCGUGGGAGGAGUAGGAGGGUAGAGCCAGAGUCGAGCACUGCAGAUGAAGAAGAGGUGAUUUUUGUAAAUGAGUUGGAACAGCAGCAGGUAUAUCAGCCUCAGGAGGAGGAGAGGGAGCGGAGUCCUGAGAAGGCUGUUGUAGUGGUUGAACCGCAAAGCCCUUCUCCUUCUCAACAGUCAAGCUCAGAGUCUAUGCCUCCUCUCGAGUCUGAUCCAGAGAUAGAGACAACAGAAGAAAAGCCCAGCCAAAAUGAUAAUGUAACAGAGGAGGAGGAGGACAAGGUGGAGGAGGAGAAGAACGAGGAGGAGAAGAACGAGGAGGAGAAGGACGAGGUGGAGGAGGAGGAGAGGAUCGAGGAAGAACAGUCUGAGUAUUCUAGCAUAUCGGACAGUGAGGGCUACAACCCCCAUGCCCUUUACUGCAUCUGUCGACAGAGGCAGAACAAAAGGUUCAUGAUCUCCUGUGACAAUUGUCAGGAGUGGUUCCAUGGCGACUGCGUUGGCGUCAGCGAGACGCAGGGCCGCAAGCUGGAGAGGAGCGGACGGGACUGGAUUUGCCCCAACUGCACGAACAAGAGCCAGAGCCAGCCAGACCCACAGCAGAGCCCCCCUGACUGCCUGACACUGCCCUCCUCUGGGGAGGAGGAGAGAGUCCAUGAGGAGCAGGCCAGUAAGGAGGCUGUGGUGCAUGAGGGGACUGAAGUGGUUGCUGAGACUGAGAUGGAGAUGGACAGUUCCCUGCCCCAGUGCAUCGGCCCAGGGUGCAGUAUGCACGCCCUGCCUGACUCCGUUUACUGUGGCACAAACUGCAUCCUCCGGCACGCGGCUGCCACUAUGAAGACCCUAUCUGACUCCAAAGAGACCAAAGCCAAGCAACGCCCACAGAGAAGAGCAGCAGCCAAACCUGGCUCUAAGGGUCAGAGGUCGGCUAGGAUUCCCCAGAGGUUGUCGGCGGAGCGGCCCAAAGAAGAGGAGGGUGAUGAAGAGGAGAUGGAGGCUGAAGAAGUUGAGGACAAGGAAGCUGACACAUCUACAUCUCCCUUAUCCUGCAACCCUAGUCUCACUGCAGUACAGGCCACAUCCAUAGAAUCAUCUAUGUUUUACAAGUCGACGAAAAAGGCCAGUGAGCAGGUAGAGGUUGAGAUUGAGCCCAUGGCUCCUCAGACACAUUCUCCAGAAAACUCUCCCUCAGACAACUUCACUGAGUCCGCCCCUCCUCUGGGAGGUGCUCCAGGAAAAACCAAGAGACCAGCAAACAGCGGCAGUGUCUCCAGGAAACCCUCUGAGGAUACGCCCCCUGUCAAACUACCAACCCCCCCCAAAUCCAGCCCCUCUCCGUCCCCUGAGGUCCCAAACACCUCAGCCUCCAGACACCACGAAACAGGGGCCCUGAGGAUCGUCAAGACCUCCUUCACCAUCCCCAAGAAGCAGCCUGUCACCCCCACUCCACCCUCACCUUCGCCCCCAGUCCCACUGAAUGAAACCAGGACCCUGCCUGUGUCCCCAGCCCCAAUCGCCCCUUCCUCCAGACCCCCCCAGCCAGCCAACAACCAGGUCAGGCAGAGCAUCCAACGCUCUCUCACCAACAUCCUGUUCAAGAGGGUGUGCGACUGUGACGAUUUGGAGAGGUCUGAGAGUGAAGUGGGAAAGCUGGUCACCAACAUCGAGACGGAAAUGUUUAACAUAUUUAACAAUACAGACAGCAAGUACAUGAACAAGUACCGAACCAUCAUGUUCAACCUUAAAGACCCCAAAAAUAAGGGUUUGUUCUACAGCGUCAUCCGUGGUGAGGUCAGUCCCUUCAGACUGGCCAGGAUGAGCCAGCGGGACAUGCAGGCCACAAAGGUGUCUGAGCUGAGCAAAAGGGACACUCUAGCGGUCCAGGAGUCUGGGCCCAAAGCCCCAUGUGUGCUGCCAAAUCAAGCGCCUGAGCCAGUGAAGGUUGACCUACCCAGUCUUCCCUCCAGGACAAAUAGACACAUGGAACAGAAGAGCACUCUCCCUGCUGCCCUUAAGGCCAGACCUAGCCAGUCGAGCCAGAGCAGCUCAGUGCCAGACAUCCUCAGCUGCAUGCUGAAAGACACAACUGCCGAGCACAGAGCUCACCUGUUUGACCUCAAGUGCAAGAUCUGCACAGGUCAGAUAUCAGUCGAGGAUGAGGAGGAGCCUUUACCCAAGAAGCCUAAACUCUCUGGGUCAUCGCCGUCCUCCACCAAACCAGACGAAUGGAGAGACAGGCCGUCUCGGCCACCCUGGAUGUAUGCCAGAACAGAUCUCAGAACAGAGGAUAGAGGAUGGAGAACUCCAGCAGGAGAUGAAUCACCCCUCCUUGCACCCCCCGACUCCCCCACCAUGGAUUCCCCUGCCUCCCCCAUAAUUGAGGAUGACCCUACCUUAACCAUCAUGGAAUCCCCCACUUCUCCCACAAUGGAAUCUCCAGCUUCUCCAACAAUGGAAUCCCCUGCCUCCCCCAUUUUGGAAUCCCCCGCCUCCCCUAUUCCGGAAAACUGCAAAGCCAAGACACCAUCCAGAAUGUAUACCCCAGUCAUGAUCCCGGCUGUUUCUACGGUAACCAUCACAAGGUGUGACCCCCGCACCACUGGCAACCGUUCUGCUGCUCUGUAUGGUGACCCCCGCACCGCUGGCAACUGCACUCCCGCCAUGGCAAGUGUCGCCUUGUCUACAGCCCCACCUCCACCAGUCUCUUAUGUCCCUGCGAAACAGAGUGGUACUCUGAGCAAGCCAUUCAUGCCCUUGCCACCACCCCCAUCCCUGCCACCAAUUCCAGCAUUACCCAAAUCUAUUCUGAUGAAGCCAUCCUCCUCAUCGUUCUAUGGUUCAUCUGGAUCAUCUGCAUCCUCUUCAAGGUCUGUGAACUCCCACUCCCCUCCAGACGGGGAGACGGUCCAGUUCCUGGCCAAGCAGGAAGUAGUGUGGAAGGGCUUCCUCAACAUGAUCAGCGUAGCCAAGUUUGUCACCAAGGGCUAUCUGGUCUCAGGGCCCUCCGAAUAUCUCAAAGAGGAUCUGCCUGAUACCAUCCAGAUUGGUGGAAGAAUCAUGCCUCAAACUGUGUGGGACUACAUCGGUAGAGUGAAGACCUCUGUUACAAAGGAGCUGUGUGUGAUCCGGUUCCACCCAGCGACAGAGGAGGAGGAGGUGGCCUACGUGUCUCUGUUCUCCUACUUCAGCAGCAGACGGCGCUUCGGGGUGGUGGCCAACAAAAGCCGCAGCAUCAAGGAUAUCUACCUCAUCCCAGUCAGCGCAAAGGAGUCCAUUCCAUCCAAACUCCAACCCUUCGAGGGAUCAGGCCUUGAGAAAAAUCGCCCCAAUCUUCUUCUGGGACUGGUUAUUUGCCAGAAACCCAAACGUGUGGGAAGCGUGCCACAAGAGGUUGAAGAGAAGAGACCCAAGAUCCACAUGUCCAAAGAACCCAGAAAUACUAGCCUCCCUAGACCCCCUACACUGUAUGGGUCUGACCCUAGAAUGGAGGAAUUCCUGCCCUACAACCCAGAGAUGCCCAUUAUGUCCACCCCUCCUGGUUCCCCUCCUUCCACUGGAUCCCUGUCACACUCCUCCUCCUCUGGCUCACUGACUAUCCCAUCACUUCCGUCCUCCAUUAGAGCUGCUCUGCCUGCUUCUGCCCCUCCCCCCACCACUAGCUCCUCCGCUGCACCUAGCAGCACCGCCACCACUCCCCUGCAGACCAUCCUGAAGUCACUGUUUGGGAAGGACUCUCCUGCAGUCCCAGCAGUUGCAGAAGUGCCCCCUCCAUCCACUCUGCCCCCUCCCCCAAUGGUGGAUCCAAUAGUCCAGCAGUACGGGAAGAAAUCCAAAGUCAAAGAGAUUGAGGAGGAGGAAAAUGAAUAUGAUCGACCAUACGACCCAGAGGAAGCGUAUGAUCCAGCAAUGGGCUAUGGAUUGGUUGCCCCAAUUAGUACGGUUAAAAUGUUUGCGGCGAAAGCUGCCGCUCAGGCCAUGUGUGCUGAUGAUGAUGACGUGGCAUAUGACCCUGAAGAUGAGACUAUCUUUGAGGAUAUGCACAAUGAUGGGGUCAGUGUAGCGAAAGCCCCAGUCCCAGCUCCAACUUCAGCCCCAGCUCCAGCUCCUACCCCAGUACAAGCCCCAGUCCCAGCUCCCACUCCAGCCCCUCUGAGCCUCCCCAUUACUGGUGAUGUAAUUGUCUCAGCCGCUACUCUGACUGAACAACAGCGAAUGCUUGAGGAGCUCAACAGGCAGAUUGAGGAGCAGAAACGGCAGUUGAAGGAGCAGGAGUGGGCACUGCAUCAGCAGAGAGAGGCAGUGGGCAUGUUCAUGGCCCACUUCUCUGUUUCCGAUGCCUUGAUGUCUCCCCCUCCUAAAUCUGGGCUGUCUCAAUUCCAAAAACAGCAGACUGAAGGAGAGCAGUCUGAGGCAAAUCCUUCAGUGAAUCAAAAAGCUUUAAAAGGUAUCUUGAAAACAGAAGUACCAAUAAAACUAGAGAUUAAGAGCGAGACCAAGACUGUACCUCUUUCUGAGUCAAGUAAUUUGGAAAUGCCCAAUGCAUCACCGAACCGGGUAAAUAUUCAGGCAACAGACAAUUCAGAUCCUGAAGCUGGUGAGAUUCAGGACUCUGAUGUAGCUUACGACCCAGAGGAUGACACUAUCUUUGAUGAACCGCAAGACACGAAUGGAGAAGAGAAGGCGAAAACCUCAACUCGAUCACAUUCAGUAAGGCGUUCUGAGCGGUCUCGUGAUUCCUCAGUGUCUAGCUCGUGUCGUGGCACAUCGCGCAAUGACACCCCUGAUAGGAGGCGUAAGCAUAGCAGCCAACCAGAUACUCACUCACCGAAAAGACGGGACCGUAAAGUCAAGGACCGCCACGAAAGCCCUCCUCGUAGAUCUGGCAGGCGGUCCCCUGGACACUCUGAUAGACGAAGGGACAGACACAGACGGGGUGAGAGGAGCCAACCAUAUCACAGAUAUUGUGACCACUCUGAGCGCCCAGGCCGCCAUCUCCCUCAUAAAGAGCGCACAUCUCGACGCAGCUCUGGUAGCCAUAGAAGAUCCCCAUCUACACCAAGACAAAAACUAGAUUCUGCCUCUAGGGGAGUCUCAAAGGGUCAAAGGGAGUCUUUUCCUCCACUAGUGUCAGAAGACUCCAAGGGUCCAGAGGCUCCUGAAGACAUGGUUCCUACGAGGCCAACUCCAGCACUGGUCAUGGAGGCUAAUGACUCACCUCAGCCCCCUCUUGAUAGAAAGGACAUUAAUGAAUCACUGUGUGAUCGUUCUGAGUCUGGAAGUCCACCACAGGGAGAGAUUGAGUACACAGGCCAUCAAAUGCCCCAUGGAAAUCCCACUCCCCAGCAACCUGGGGAUCAACAACCUCCUCAAAGCUUGCUGGGAUCACCACCAAGAGGCCUCAACAACCAGCAAGUACUCAAUUUACAGCGUCAAGACAAUAGGGAUAGGCCCUCUCAACAGGAAAUACUAGAGCAACGCAUUGUACAGAGCCCAUCAGACAUUAUGAGAGAGAAACAGUUUUCCUCACAAGGUCCUCCCCACAAGGCGUCUCCAAACCAAGGACCAGAUAUGAUAGGACCAGGGCAAGACAUGAGGGGUGAAAGGAGAGGGCUGCAAAUGAGGCAUCCAGGUCCAAAUAUCAGAGGUACAGAACCAGACAUGAAAAGUCCCGAUAUGACAACUAACUUUGCAGGACAGAGAUCACCAUCGCCCCAUUUCAACAGUCCAAGGAUGUCCUCAUCCGUUCCAAGAGGACAUUUUGAGGAUCAAAGGGGAGCACAUCGUCCUGGUUUCCAUGGCUCCAGGGGUCCCCGUCCCUCAAGGUUUAACCGGCCCAGAGGCUCAUUUCCAGGGCAUUUCCCAGACAAAGGGGAGCCACCACAGUCCUGGUUUGAUGGUCCACAUCAGCCAGUAGUAAGACCUCAAGGGCUGCUAGGAACAACAAGAGACACCAACAACCAGCAUCAUGACAAUGAAGGUGGGCCUGUUCAACCAGAAAUAAAGGAGCAACACAUUGUACAGAGUCCAUCAGACAUGAUGAGAGAUAAACAUUUUUCCUCACAAGGUCCCCCCCACAUGACCUCUACAAACAACCAGGGUGAGAGGUCCAGCAGUUUAGAGAGGAGAGAUCCCAAUAGGAGGGAGGGAAGAAGAGACCAAGGCCCAGACAUCAGAGGUCCAGAUAUGAUGGGACCAGGGCCAGACAUGUGGGAUGAUAGGAGAGUGUCAGACAUGUGGGAUGAUAGGAGAGGGUCAGACAUGUGGGAUGAUAGGAGAGGGUCAGACAUGUGGGAUGAUAGAAGAGGUCCAGGGCCAGACAUGCAGGGUGAUGGGAGAGGGUCAGACAUCUUGGAUGAUAGAAGAGGUCCAGAGCCAGACAUGAGAGGCCCAGAGACUGACAUGUGGUGUGAUAUGAGAGGUCCAGGGCCAGACAUGAGAGGGCCAGAGACUGACAUGUGGGGUGAUAUGAGAGGUCCAGGGCCAGACAUGACAGGUCCAGAUAUGAGAAAAGAAUGGAGACACCCAGAUAUGAGGGAUCCAGGACACAACAUUAGGAAUCCAAACAUGUGUAGUUCAGGCCCAGACAUGAGAGAUCCAGAAAUGCCAGGCCCAGAUCCAGACCUGAGAAGUCCAGACAUGAAAGGGGACCACUUCACACCAACAGCUAACUUUGAAGGACAUAGGCCACCAUUGCCUUAUUUCAACAGUCCAAGGAUGUCCUCAUCUGUUCAAAGAGGACAUUUUGAGAAUCAAAGGGGAGCACAUCGUCCUGGUUUCCAUGGCCCCAGGGGUCCUCGUCCCUCGAGGUUCAACCAGCCCAGAGGGUUACCUCCAGGGCAUUUUGCAGACAACGGGGGGCAGCCACAGUUCCGUUUUGAGUGUCCACAGCCAGCGGUAACACCUGCUCCUGCCUCGCUGGUAACAUCAAGGGAGCACAGUAUACAGAGCCCUUCUGAGAUUCUGAAAGAAAGCCAGGUACCCUCACAAGGUCCUCCCCACAGGGCCUCUCCAAACAACCAGGGUGAGCAGUCCAGCAGUUUAGAGAGGAGAGAUCCUGAUAUUAGGGAGGGAAGGAGAAAGCCAGGGCCAGACAUCAGAGGUCCAGAUAUGAUGGGACCAGGGCCAGACAGGAGAGGUGAUAGGAGAGGGUCAGACAGGAGAGGUGAUAGGAGAGGGCCAGACAGGAGAGGUCCCGGUCCAGACAUGAGAGAUCCAGAACCAGACACAAGGGGUGAUAGGAGAGGGUCAGGCCCAGACACAAGUGGUCCAGGACCAGACAUGAGUGUUCCAGGGCCAGACAUGAGAGGUGAUAGGAGAGGGACAGACAUGAGAGGUCCAGGGCCGAACACAAGGGGUGAUAGGAGAGGUCCAGGGCCAGACAUGUGGGAUGAGAGGAGAGGGCCAGACAUGAGUGGUCCAGGGCCAAACAUGAGGGGUCCAGGGCCAGACAUGCGAGGUCCAAGGCCAGACAUGAGGGGUGAUGGGAGAGGGCCAGUGAUGUUUGAUGAGAGAAGAGGUCCAGGGCCAGACAUGAGAAGUGAUAGGAGAGGUCCAGAUAUGAUGGGUCCAGAUCCAGACAUUAGUGGUCCAGGGUCAGACAUGAGAGGUCCAGAUAUGAGAAAUGAACGGAGACACCCAGAUAUGAGGGAUCCAGGACCUGACAUGAGAGAUCCAGAAAUGCUAGGCCCAGAUCCAGACCUGAGAAGUCUAGACAUGAGAGGGGACCACUUCACACCAACAGCUAACUUUGAAGGACAAAGGCCACCAUCGCCUUAUUUCAACAGUCCAAGGAUGUCCUCAUCUGUUCAAAGAGGACAUUUUGAAGAUCAAAGGGGAGCACAUCGUCCUGGUUUCCAUGGCCCCAGGGGUCCUCGUCCCUCAAGGUUCUACCAGCCCAGAGGGUUACCUCCAGGGCAUUUUGCAGACAACGGGGGGCAGCCACAGUUCCAUUUUGAGUGUCCACAGCCAGCGGUAACACCUGCUCCUGCCUCGCUGGUAACAUCAAGGGAGCACAGUAUACAGAGCCCUUCGGACAUUCUGAAAGAAAGCCAGGUACCCUCACAAGGUCCUCCCCACAGGGCCUCUCCAAACAACCAGGGUGAGCAGUCCAGCAGUUUAGAGAGGAGAGAUCCUGAUAUUAGGGAGGGAAGGAGAAAGCCAGGGCCAGACAUCAGAGGUCCAGAUAUGAUGGGACCAGGGCCAGACACUAGGGGUAAUAGGAGAGGGCCAGACAUGAGAGGUGAUAGGAGCGGGCUAGACAGGAGGGGUCCCAGUCCAGACAUGAAAGAUCCAAAACCAGACACAAGGGGUGAUAGGAGAGGGCCAGGACCAGACAUUAAUGUUCCAGGGCCAGACAUAAGGGGUGACCGGAGAGGGCCAGACAUGAGAAGUCCAGGGCCAGACACAAGGGGUGAUAGGAAAGGCCCAGGGCCAGACACAAGAGGUCCAAGGCCAGUCAUGUGGGAUGAGAGGAGAGGGCCAGACAUGAGGGGUCCAGGGCCAGACAGGAGGGGUCCAGGGCCAGACAGGAGAGGUCCAGGGCCAGACAGGAGAGGUCCAGGGCCAGACAGGAGAGGUCCAGGGCCAGACAUGAGGGGUCCAUGGCCAGACAUAAGGGGUGAUAGGAGAGGGCCGAACAGGAGAGGUCCCAGUCCAGACAUGAAAGACCCAGAACCAGACACAAGGGGUGAUAGGAGAGGGCCAGGCCCAGACAUGAGAGGUCCAGGACCAGACAUGAAUGUUCCAGGGCCAGACAUGAGAAGUCCAGGGGCAGACACAAGGGGUGAUAGAAGAGGCCCAGGGCCAGACAUGAGGGGUCCAGGGCCAGACAUGAACAGUCCAGGGCCAGACAUGAGGGGUGACAGGAGAGGGCCAGACAUGAGAAGUCCAGGGCCAGACAUAAGGGGUGAUAGGAGAGGGCCAGGGCCAGGGCCAGACAUGAGAAGUCCAGGGCCAGACACAAGGGGUGAUAGGAGAGACCCAGGGCCAGACACGAGAGGUCCAAGGCCAGACAUGUGGGGUCCAGGGCCAGACAGGAGGGGUCCAGGGCCAGACAGGAGGGGUCCAGGACCAGACAUGAGGGGUCCAGGGCCAGACAUGAGAGGUCCAGGGCCAAACAUGAGAGGUCCAGGGCCAGACAUGAGAGGUCCAGGGCCAGACAUGAGGGGUCCAGGGCCAGACAUGAGAGGUCCAGGGCCAGACAUGAGAGGUCCAGGGCCAGACAUGAGAGGUCCAGGGCCAGACAUGAGAGGUCCAGGGCCAGACAUGAGAGGUCCAGGGCCAGACAUGAGAGGUCCAGGGCCAGACAUGAGAGGUCCAGGGCCAGACAUGAGAGGUCCAGGGCCAGACAUGAGAGGUCCAGGGCCAGACAUGAGAGGUCCAGGGCCAGACAUGAGAGGUCCAGGGCCAGACAUGAGAGGUCCAGGGCCAGACAUUUUACAUUUACAUUUUAGUAAUUUAGCAGACGUUCUUAUCCAGAGCAUCUUACAGUUAGACAUGAGGGGUUCAGGCCCAGACAGGGGUCCAGAAAUGCCAGGCCCAGGUCCAGACAUGAGAAUUCCAGCUAUAAGAGGAGACCACUUCACAACAACAAACAAUUUUGGAGGACCGAGGGGAGUACAUAGUCCUGGUUUCCAUGGCCCCAGGGCUCCUUGUCCCUCGAGGUUCAACCAGCCCAGAGGCUCAUCUCCAGGGCAUUUCACAGACAACAAGGGGUUUGACGGUCCACAGCCAGUGGUAAGACCGUUGAGGCAUAAAGGAGGUUUACUCCCCACUCCCCCGGAGGGUCUCAUUAAUUUGCUGAACAACAGCCCGGAAGCUUUUAGAGAAGAGCAGUGGCGGAAUAGUCACUUAACUGAUACGAGGAGAACAAGCCUACCCAGAGAGGACUGUGAAAUUAGAAACUAUAGAGACAGAGAAAGCCACUCUGAGGAGCGUGGCCGUGCUAGAGACAGGGGGAACUUUCAGCUCUCAGCGCCCCGCUUGUCCCAGGAGCGGCAGUUGCCUGAGGACAACAGGAGAGAGUGGGGUGGCAGUCAUGGAAGGCAGAGGGGCAGGGGGACAGGUAGGCCUAUGAGCAGGGAGAGCGAAAGGGUUAGAGGGAGGGAAGCAGACAGACCCAGAGAGGAGGUGGGUGAAAAGCAAAAGACACCCACGGAAAACGACAAAGACAUUGGGAGAGCCACAAGCAUGGAAGGAGAUGCAAACAGAGUUAUCCCUAGUCUGCACAAACGUUCACUUUCAAAAGACAGUGACAGAAACAGUUUAAAGGAUGGAAGUGGAAAGAAAGAAGAAGAAAUGGGGGGAAAUGGUAACAAGGUUGAAUCAACAGACACGCCCCAGACAGAUACCCCCCAGGAGAGCAAAGGGCCUGCUUGACUGGAGACUACGGUUAACAGAAUGCAUGGAUUUAGACUGUUUUUUAAAUCUGUUGAGACAUUUUCAGCACUACACACAUUGAAUAUAUCCUGUGAAUACAGUAAGAAAAUCUGUGGUAGAAAAAGUGAUUGUGCAGUAUUUAUGGAAAACUAUGGAAAAGAUCUGACAGGUAUUGUCGUCUUAUUGUAACUAAACGUCUGAAACUUGUUAGUGCUAUUAUUUCACAAAUCCUCUACUAAGUUUGAAGUUGGUUAAUAAUGUGCUACGUAGUCAUUUUCACUACAUACAACACCCAGAAUUUUUUGAAUGUCAUGACUGAUCGUACCUUGUUUCAUUCAUCUUAGUUGUAAAAUUCAGAUUACUUGCUUUUCUGAGUUUCUAGAUUAAAAUUAAUGUCAAAUCAAACGUAGAUAUGUACAUUGUGUUUCUAGAUUAUGAUUUUUUCUAAGUAGGCCUACAAACCUAUUCAACCAUACUGCUGUCAUCUGUUCACUGAUUAGAAAGCCUUCAUUUUGGUUAAUCUCAUGAUUAUAUGUUUUAGAAUAAAUGAAAACUUGAUUUAUUUCUUUUUUAUUAUGUUUUAAUUUGUUGAACGCAGGCCAAUAAAAACUGUUAAGGAAUGA